AUGGAGCAGGGUGACCCGCGCCAGCUGCUCAACACCUCCUGGACCCUCCACCGUCUCUCGCCUCUCCACCAUGGCAAGGACUGUGAGACGCUCCUGGAUGACCCCGCCGCCUUGAAGACUUACGCGACGCGCCUACGUGACUACCUCACCGGCGAUGUCCUCGCCGGAAUCCACGCCAGCGCGACCACCGCAGACGAUGACGCGUUGUCCAAGACGGGCGCGCUAAUGGGAUGUCAUUGGCAAUCGCUGUCAGGAUGGGGGGCGCUCAACAAUGACGAUAGCACCUCGUUUCCCGGGAUUCUGGUGACCCUGGAAUAUGAAAACGUCACCUACAAAGCAGCACUGCUAGCGGAAGCGGAGACAUCACCGCAAUCGAGCCAACAGAAAGGGUCAACGGCUCUCCCUCUACUCUUGACGCGAUUUCCCACCGCGCUGCGCCAGACAUUCAUCGUGUUCCUAUCCUCGAACUUCGACACUUACUGCUCACCCCUGCGCCUACAAUCAAGUUUCUUAUGUACAAGUCUCGAGACAUACAUCGACGUGCUGCACGAUGGCAGUGCGACGCGCCCCAGCGGAUCCACCGAUCUCGUCGAAGAUGUGAUCAAGGAGCUACAGCUGACCCUAUCAUUCUCACCACUUGUCGCGCCGGCGCUGCGAACUCUCAAUGUGAACGUGUCGCGAUCUUCGCUAGAGGGGUUCUUGCAUGAGCAGCCAACCGCGUCUCGGGGUCGCUCGCUGCGUCAGAAACUGCGCAGUCCGCUAAUUGGCAAUCUGACUUCUUAUUUGGAAACGCAUCUCGCUAUGAAUGUCGAUCUCGAUGGCUCCAGGACCGGCAACCAGCCGUCUAAACAGCAUGUUCGCCUGUCCAAGGUCGCUUGUGCGGCUUUUGUGCUUGGUAGCGAAGGACGCAUGAAGCUGGUUGUGAAUACCGAGCGGGAGGACGAGGAUGCUGAGGCGAGCAGUGGGAGACGAGAUCAUCUUGCGCUGCGGGCGAGUCUGACUCUAUUAGAGUCGGUAAUUCGCAGGGCGGUUAUUGGGGACCAUGCGGCUACUUGA